AUGGAUGAGGACGAACAGGAUGUUUAUGUGGCACAACUUCAUGAAGUAUUUGAUAGUUGUGACCAUGCUCGAAAGGGCUUUUUGAAUAGGAACGAACUUGUGGAGUUGUGCAAAAAACUGCAGCUUGAUGACCAAGUUCCGCAACUACUCCAGCAGUUAUUGGGGAGCGUCGAGGCGGAGGGACAGGUAUGGAGAAAAAUUUCUCGUAUCUUCGUUGAUAAGCUUCGAACGACACCAAGGUAAUAAAUGAUUGCUGGUGAUUCAUAAUCAUCGGCGCGGGCUUGGCCCUAAGUUUAAUUUGUUACCAGUCGAUUCCAAGCUCAUCGAUUACGGUAAGUUUAUAUCUCCCGGUGAUUGGAGUAUUCUGCUUUCUUUCGGGGCAAAUGUUGUUCAACAUUCUUCCUUUCUUGACUCGUAAAUAUAUUAAAAUAUCAGCUAAAUCAGUUUGUUUAUGGCGUCUCGUAACCGCACUACAAUAGGUUUGUUUACGCACUGAACCUCUUUUGAAACUAAUGAUGUUGGGAUAUAAAUUUUAAUGCCAACAUCCAAUAUUCCAUAUCGAGUUCGAACAUUCCGUCAGUUCAGUUGUUAACAAUAUCGACGGAUUUUCUUUUAUCACCAAACUAGAUCAAUACAAAAGCAUGUUUGUCGUGAAAAUUCGUUAAAGUAAUUGUUAUGAUUGACACCAAAUGUGUUUCUUUUAGAGGGUUAUUGCUUGGGGCUUAUGUGAUCAGUGUAGUCUUAAAAGGCAUACAAAGUGAAUGUUUCAUUUACAGUAAUUCAUGAUUUAGAUGAAAGAAUGACCAGAUAGACUGACACAAGUUAUUUCACAAAUUAUGGUAUUUUCUCUAUUGGAUAUUUUUUUUGAUGGCUAGUGUAUUUCCUGUCAGUCAUUUCCUGUGUAUGAAUUAUACUAAAAUUUUCACUGCACAUUACAUUGCUGAUUUUCUGUCUUGAUUAUGAUUGUCAGCUUUUCAAAGACUUGUUACACUUGUUUGAAAUGAGAAAUUCCUGAGUAAUGAAUCAAUGUUAUGAGGGUUUUGUUCACCAUCCAAUUAUUGGCUUAUUGCAAAGUUCUUAAUCUUUUCCUAAGAUGCAAAUCUUUCAGCUCAGGAAAUAGAAUUCUUCAGAACUAAAGGGUUGUACAUCAAGAUUUUAAGCAGAGCAUAAAGAUUGCAGAAACACAAAGUUCGUCAUAAAGCUACAGUUUCCACAGCAAUAGUCUCUGAGAUCAAGGAAUAAACCCUUGAACUUCUUCGCCUACACUUAAAUUAGCAUAUUAGCUGAAGUGUUUUGUUUGUUGACUCAAUUGAACAUCAACACAACAUUGCAUAGGCAAUUAGGCAAUGCACAAAAUCUGUGUGAUAACACUUUGAUUUUUUAUGUGUUCUCCAGGAACAUUUUCUUUGUCAAGAACUAGAGGUAUCUGUUGUAGCAUUUUAGUUACCAUUUACAUGUAUAACAAUGGUUAGGGUUUCAGAAGUGGAAUUGUAUACUGUGACCUGCUGUAAUCAGAUGAAAGUAAUAUUGCCCUGAGAGCAAUAUCAGCUAAAACAUGUAUUUUUAAAACAUGGUUGAAGGAUAGAAAUUGCAGAGAUAGUGAACCACACGUUUCAAAUGUUAUACAGAUCUUCUAAUUGUAAAUUUUGGGUUCUAAAUAAACUGUAGGUUGCUCAUCUCCUUCAUGUUAACCCUAAGAAUCUUCUGAAAUGAUUAUCAACUUGGUACAGGAGCUAUUAGAUAUCAGCAAAACACCCUUGAGGUUUUCCUGAUUGAGUCACUCAUUUGAGGAGAAAUGAAAUUAUUAGAGGAGUUGCAUGUGUAACACUUAACUCCCAUGAGUGACUUAUACAGACUUUUUUCUCACAAUAUCAAUUCAAUAUCAAGCAGACAAGUGAUAUGAUGAAAAUACAGAAAAAUAUAAGUAAGGGGAUUAUUAGCUGAAUGAAUACCAAAUUCUCAGAACCAACAUCAUAAGAAUUGUACAGUAGACAGUAGGGGGAAUUACCAAUGAGAUUUUGGGAUUGAAAGGGUGAGGAUGUCCUUACUUUAUUUUGGCUGUCAAUGGGUUCUUGAUCACUUGAAAGUCAACUGAAUCUCAGUCAGUACCUGACUAACACUUUCUCCCUGAUUAAAGGUUAACCCUCAAAACGAAAGCAUUAGGAACUCUUUGCAGUGGACAAUUAGUGUUAUCAACCAAGUCGACAACAUCAAACUAUCUCAUGAUGCCAUCAAGAGUUGAUUGAAAUGAGGACAGAGAUUCUGUAGACUGAUGGUUGAGUAUUAGACAAUGAUCAACCAAUUCCAUUUUACUUCUCUCUAUGUACAUGUGUUAUGUAUGUGUACAUGUACUUACCUCUGUCAACAAGAUACCUUUUUCUAGACCAAGGGAAGGUUCUCAGUAAGGACUUCAAUGUUUAUACAGAUACUAACAGUUCAGACUGUAGAAAGCUCCUCAGCAGUUUUCCUAAAUACUGCAAUCCAUGGACCAUUCGAUUUAGGCCUUGAGCUAAUGUGCUUCUUUUUGUCUUUUUUUUUGUUAUUUCAAGCUUUUGCCUAUCUACACUAUUGUCAGAGAAUGUAAAGAAAAUACAUGUAUUUUAAUAUGCAAUCAGUAUACCAAUUUCAAAGAGAACAUUUAACUGCUCUUCUCCUAGGAGCUGAUACAAAUGUGAAAUCCCUUUCUCAUUUGAAAUGUCAUACUGUCUGUUGAUUAAUACUUCUUUUAAGCCUUGAUACCUUGUACCAUCCUAUUCACACUGAAACAGCUGUUGAAGUCUUUCCUCAAUUCUAGCCUUGUUCAGAUACUUGUUUUUCCCAAUUUUUAACUUACUUUCUUGCAUUACAAUUAUUUACACUGUUUCACAAUUCAUAUCUUUUCAACUUAUUGUGAGAAAUACUUGGAAUGAAGAGCAGAGGAAAGGCUAAAAAUUGCACAGAGAUGGGGUCUCAUUUUUUAUUAAUAAAUUGGGAGUUUCAAAAUAGUUCAAGUACUCCACCCAUGAAUUAUUAUUAUGUAAAUUCUGUUUAUUUGAAAGUGCAUCAGUUGUGAGUUGUAGCAUUGCAAACCCACCUUAAUUAUCAGUUUGACUAAAAAAAAACUGGGAAUGGUUAUAGUGCGUUGUAUUGUGUAUGGAACAAACUUACGAGUGAAAUUUCAAAAACAUUGCAAUUUGAAAAUGUACAUGAAAUAUACAUUUACCUUUUGUUUUUUUUGUUUUUUUUAAUGACAAAACAAAAGGUGCAUAUAUUUCAUGUAGGUUUUUUUUGAUGGCAGCAUUUUUAAAAGGGGUUUAUAUUUAUCAAUGUAUAUAAACUCACAUAUUUACAAAUGAACAUCUUCUGUACAGUAAUGCAAUAUGUUUGCUUUAGUUUAAUACUUUAAAACUAAUUUUCUUUUAUACAUCUUUUUUACCAACUUGAAGAUAAAAAAGAAAAUUUAUAACCAAGCAUGUCAUUUACAAGAAAUUAAAAUUUCAGAUCUACAGUCAAUAUUUAAAGCAAAGUAAGUUCUGGUCUCUUAUGGGGCCCAAGAUAUGUUUGAAGAUCUAAGUCUGGAAUAGUGGAACACUGUAACCUAGAAUACAAAUCCAUCUGUUUUGUUUCUUGAUAUUUUUAAUGUUUGAAUUUCAACCUGUUCAAUAAAAUAUCUUGGUCUUGAAUUUAAACUGGGCAAACUGCCAGGAGAUUUCCAGUAGUGAGCCUUGAAUGACUUUGGCAAUUAGAAAUGGUAACCCUGUUGAUACUGUUGAGGGUAAUUCACAGCCUAUUUUCUAAUUGUCCCUAGCAAUAAAUGUGUUUUGCGAGCACUGAUAGUAUGCUUCUUACAUUUUCAGUCAGGGUUUGAAAAUCAGAAAAAAAUCAGAAUCAGCUGUUUUAUUUUCUCAAGGAAAUAUUGUAUUAAGAUUCAUCCAACCUUUGCUUGUAACCAAAUGAUGGAAACAAGUCAUGAUAUACCUGUGCUUUUAAUGAAAAACAUAAUCUACAGCUUCUUUCAAGAUUAACUCAAAGAUAGAAAAAUUUUGGCAGUUUAAUAAAAGCAUCAAAGUGUCAUUUGGCCAGCUCAUAAAUCAUGGCAUCUUUCUGCUGGAAACCAAAUCGAAUAAGGAUGAUGUUAAACAAUGACUUGGUGAAUGUCUGUAAAACUGGUGUUAUGAUUGUGAAGAGAGAUUUCUCUAAGUUCAAACCAAGAGCUAUUGUCACAUUCAACAGGUGACACAAGUGUGCUGCUUCAGAACAGCUUGUGGCUUAGCUUGUGUUAGUGGGUUGGUGUUUGUAUUGAAAUGCUAUUGAAGCAGAAAAAAAAAGCUUUUAGACUCGGAUUCACAAUUUGAACUGUGGAUAACUUUAAUUUAGAGGGUCAGUGACAAAACAGAAUUUGAUGUGCAUCCUCUGUUGAGAUCUUUUGGUGUUUUCUCCUUUCUGUUCUUAUGUACAGUUGCAAAGAUUGUGUGAUGAAUAUUAAAUGGCUUCAAAGCACCUGUACUGUGACAUCAUUUGUGUGCCCUUUUUUCCUGGGUUGUUUUGUUGGUGAGGAUUAAAUUUUUCACUACAGGUUCAACUUCAGAGCUUGGAAGCUUUUUUGCUGAAAACUUUUGAAAAUUUACUUUUUCCUCUGUUGGCUGUCAUUAUGAAAGAACUAGUUUGUGAUUAUCGAACUAAAGAGGUCACUGUUGAUGGCAGAAAACUUGAAGUAGGUUUAUGCACAGUGAACCUAAACAUCUUCAAUUUAGAAUAUAGUACAUUUUUCUUUAUUUAUUUUUUUCCUUCAAAUUUAAUACAUUUGUAGUUUAUUCACUCUUCCAUAAACUCUUUUGAGUUAUUCUGAUAUUAAUUUAUGUCUGGUUGUCUUGUGAAACCCAUUCUGUGUAACCUACAUACAUUUAGUGUGUAAUGCAGUAUUUGAUGCAAGUUGUGUGAAUUUUGGUCACAAUAUUUUUGCUUAUUUGUUUGUCACAGAAAGCAAAUUCAUGAAGUAACCCAGGCUGCAUGUACAUCCCAAGUUGCAGUGCAAUUUUUGUCAGUUUUAGUCUGUUAACUGUUAGCAAAAUGCAUAAACUGUGUUGAACUUCAUACUGUUGUCAUUUUUGUUUUAGGUUACAUUCGAUGACUUCAAGGAAGGAUUUGUAGCUGUGCUUUCUCAAGCAAUUGAACAGUUAUCCUCUAGUGAGGAUGAAGAACAACCAUCUGAUUCUGUUACAGGUGUUUAUUUUUUUACAGUGGUUUUCCUCUCUUUCCUAGAGCUUUUUAAUGCACCUUUUUCCAAACAAGUACAGUGUAACUACCAAAAACAUCAAUUUGUAUUAUAAUUUAUUUCAGAACCACCCAAGCUAGUGGUGAAUGAGAAACGUUAUGGAAGAUGGUCACGACCAGAGGCAUCUUACUCUGAAGAUCUGUACUCUGCAGAUGAUGAGAGCAUGAUUGAGAGUCGACCAGAGAGCCGUAUGAGUGAUGCUCACAUCACUUCAGAGCCAGAUCGUGUUGAAAGCGCAACAAGAGAGGUGAGAACAUACUUGUAUUCAUAUCAUUUGCAUAAACUAGUACAAUCUCUUCUGCUCAGAGAGAACAAUAAAUCAGUUGGGAAAAUGUUUACAGGAAAGCUAUGAACUCAGGAGUACAAAAAAUCAAUGUAAAUUUUCUCUUGAGCAAAAAGACUGAUAGAUACAAUGUACCCUUAUUUUGAGAGAGUUUCUCCUGCAGGUCCCACCAACUGUAAAAGCACAACAACAACAAAAAUGAAGAAACACAUUUAUCCCAGCCAUAUACAUGUAGAGAUCAUAACUAGAGUUCAUUUCACUGAAAAACAACUGUAAGUUUGAAGUUUUACAAUAAAUCACAAAAAAAACUGAAAAGCAAAUUAUUGGUCUUAGUUUAUUGGAAACCAGGGGUGCAACACUCAGUGCAUUGUACAUUUCUUUUCUGAUAAUUAAUAUGUAAUUAUGUUUCACGCUUUUCUUCCAUACAGGAGAAACCAAGGUUAAAAAGAAGACUAUCAAGCAGAAAAAGCAGUCUGAGGAACAGCAUACGUCGACAUAAUUCCAAACAGAGGAAGUCUCGUGAGGACUCUAUCUUGGCCAGUGACUCUGAUGUGUUGGAGGGCAAUGGACUUUUGAGUUCUCCACAGCCUAAUUCAGGUAAUUUAACUUUGAAUUAAACAUUUAAAAGAAAACAUUUCAAUUUGAUUUUGCUCUCGAAGAUUUAAUUUGUGAGCCCCUUAUCUUUUGAAAUCACCAUGUUUGAAGAUUAUAUGCUCUAUGUUGUAUUAUUUACGUGCACAAUGUGUAUACUUACAAGUUUACACUAAUCUUUGGAAAAAAAUUGUGGCAGUUGGAACUGAUCAUGCCUUUUGCCAAAUAAAUGUCAGCAUUAAGUUACUGCAAUGUUAAAUCAAGAUGUUAUCAUUAAAAGAAAAUGUUUUCUACAUUUUUCAAAUGGUGAUGUGAAUAAUCAAAUAAUGCCAAUUCCUCCCUAUGAUAAUGGGGCUUAUCAGAAAGAGAUGGGGCUUCAGCACUUUGACCAUUUGAAAGGGAGAGGCUUAUAAAGUGGGAAAGGGGAGAAAGAAAAACAGGGAACUUACUUGAGAUUAUGAUGAGGAAUGGGAAUAUUAUCAUUUCUUAGGGUAUGAAUCACCAACCGAAGAAGAGCAGCUGAGAGCAAUCUGGACUGAAGUGAAUGUUGGUGCAAAUGGUUACCUGGAUAGACAUGAAUUGUCUGUGGUAUGCGAUCACAUUGGCAUGGACUCCAUGAAUGAACAGGUUUGUGGAACCAUUUAAUAAUCCCAAGUAUGGCUCUGCAACUUCAGCGCAGAUCUUUUAAAACUUUCAAAGAUUAAUUGUGAUACUGUGUUGGGUACUGCUGCACUUGUUUUUUUACCUUAAGGCACUUACUACUGUGUUAAGAGACUGUCUUGUAGUAGUAACCUUAGGUGACAAAAUAAAUAGAUCUCAUCUUUGUGCGAGAUGAGGGGAAUUCAUUUGACACCAUUUUGAAAAGAAAAAACAAAUCAUCACAUGAGGAAGCAACCGUCUAUCAGAGAACUGGUGGUUGUUUCAAGUCUAUUUCCAAAUUUAUUGCCUUUUAAAUGACAUAUAUACAUAAGUUGCACUAUUCCCUUUCCCUGUUGAAAAUGACAAACUUAUUCCUAGCCAGCAUUUGGUUUCCAUUUCAGGAGCUGGCUCUCCUGUUUGAGGAGCUUGAUGAUGACGGUGAUGGUCAAGUGAGUUUCGACGAGUUUCUUCAUGGCUUGUUUGUGGCUAAAGACAUUCAACAGUCUGACAUAGAGCCUGAAUGGGAACAAAAACAACAGUCCACGCCAUAUAAUCGAGCACCAGCCGAAGAUUUUACUACUAAAGUAAGGAACUACAGUGUUUGCAGGAAUUUUUUUGGAAUUGAGAUGUAGGAUUGCAUUUUUGUGUUGUUUUUUUUUUUAUGUGAAUGGAGAAUAGCAAUAGCAAUAAACUGGCAAGGUUGACUGAGGUGAAUUUUUUUCCUUGCAGGGCCAGAGAUCCUUGAACAAUGAUGAUUCAUUUUUUCUCUCCAGGACUGGAGGAAGUAGUUCAACAUUUGGUAAGGCUUUUCAAUCUCAUCGCAGUGUCUUUGUCAUGUAAUCAGGUUUGCCAGAGUGAUUGAUUUGUGUCUACAGUGUACAUGUAUUCCAUCUUCAGGGAUUUCUCCUUGGGCUAUUCCCAGAAAACUCUUUUGAACCUUACAAUCAUUGCAGUCCUCAGGCUUCCAUAAAAACUACCUCCCCAUUGUGGCCACUUUUUGCUGACCCUCAAAAAAGGCCAAUUCAGUCUCCUGCAUGACAAUGGCUGCUAAAGCAUUUUCCAAACAAUCAGAAUGACCUCUUGGCCAUGACAAGUUAAUCUCUGACUGACAGAGGAGUAGCAAAAUACGUGAGAAUCACCUGAAAACACCUAAAAGGAUAAGCUGCCAGGUUUAUUUUGUGAAAGAGGAAAUAAGGUGUCUUCAGUACUUAAAGCAAACGUUUUAUUCAUUACCUUUUCUCUUGAUAAUUUGCCAUCAAUUUUCGGUUUCUUUAUAUUUUUGUUAUUUCAAAAUGUAUUAAGGUUUUUUUUUUUUUUUUUUUUUUUUGAACCAAAAGUAUUUUUUUAAGGAAAAUUUUUGUACCCUUUGAAAAAUUUGGUAUCAAACUGCCUCCAACAAUACCCUUCCUCCCUCCCCCCACUCACCAGUAACAGUCAGCCCUCUACAUGUACUUGAGCCAUUCCCCUCUAUCUCUAAGAUGGCAGGUGGUGAGAGGUUGGUUGGACUGUGCCCACAGGAAGUAGCGAUAAGCACAUAAAUUGACCACAGUUAUGAGACAAGAAAUGAAAAUGGGUCACUGUGCAUGCAAAUAUUUGUAUUUGUUUUUCUUUUUAGGGGGAGGGGGGUGGUGUAUUAACAAGCCGCGGUGCAAAGUAUAAUGAUACACUUUACUGUCUGAAAUACAAGAGCGCUCUGUUACUAACUGUAUUUGGUGCAUUGAACCACGUAACCCCAUAAAUUCUGAAGUCUUGAUGGGCAGAAGACAUACUAUUUUUCUUUCCUUUUUUUGACUAAUCCCUGUUUGUGUUGCUUCUUGCAGAUCUGUUUUCGUUGCUGGAUCCAGAAAGAACGGGGUAAGCAAUAGCUAAAUGUUAAUGGAUUACGAACGGUUACACUUCUGUCAAAUUUCUAUUAAAAUUUUGUGAUACGGUGCAUGGUUUGAUUUCUUCUGUUAUGGACUCUUCAACUGUUUAAAUAACUGUACAUCCUUACUUUUUAGUUUUGCUAAGAAAGAAGACAUCAACGAUUUCUGGCAGGCUCAGGGAUUGAACGAGGCAAUUCCACUGUUACAGGUACCGUCUACUGUCAGCGUUUUUUGAUUGAGAGUCGUUAAAAACCGAAACCGAAGCUAUCACUCGAAGUGAAAACAAGCAAACAUCCUAAAGCGCGGGAAAACGCGAGUGAUCAAGUCGCGAUUGGCUAUCGGUUUGAAACUGAUUGGUUGAGAAACUGGCGCGAGUUUUCUGGACCAAUCACAUAGUGAAGUAAAGAAAAAACAAAAUUAAUCUCGGAUUACGUUCGACACAGUUAAAAACUGCUCUAUCAUACUUUUAAUAAGGUUUUGUACCCUACUUAAGGUGCGAAGAUCUUGUUUAGUAUUUUAUUUGUACAAAAUGUCACUUCGUCUCUACAUUACUGUAUGAUAUUUUAGCCAAGGAAUAUACCACCAAUUGAUUAUUUUUGGGCCAAAAUGUGAACCUUGAUUUGUCUAUUUACAGGAUUUAGAUGCAGAUGCGGAGGGGAAAGUUAGCCUUCAUCAGCUUACAAACUUACUGGAAUCUGUCGUGGACGAGCAGAGCGAUGGUGAGUGGAAUAGCGUGACAUGAUCACUGACAAAUAGUCUUCUCCUGAAUUAAAAAGGCUCAAGUCAAUUAAAUUAUGUAAAAUUUAGGGACACUAAACUUGUUUGCUUUGUUUUGUUGCAUUCCAGGCGUACCUAAAGCUAUAGUGAAUAUCUACAAACACGAAGUAGUCUAUUUAAAGUAAGUUGGAAUCUGACUUGUGCCAGCUCCAAGGAUGAGGGAUUGUUCAAAAUCUUUAACUUUACUUUGGGCGACAAUGCGCGACUUGCAACGAAUGCUUGUUUCCAAAUUUGAAAACAUUGGGUUUGUUAUAAAUAACUACAGUGCUUCGUGUGUAUACAAAGGAAAAAACCCCAUCGUACCUUGUCAGAUAUUUUCGUGUCGUUCUCGAGCAUUGUCCUCCAAGAACUCGCGAUAACAAACUGAAGAACAGUGAAGAAUAUCCGAGUUCAGCCAAAACCCUUUGCUUGAUUUGGAUUUCGCUUGAAAUCAUCUGUGUAACUUGAGUUUAGGGCCGCGUCGUGUUCUCGUAUCAUUCAGUAUGAUCUCAACUCAUAAAGUGACGCAAAGUUUCCUGCAAGCCAGAAAUAAUCCAUUUAUUGCCCGUUGAUAACUGGCUUAUAUACCCAUGUUGCGUUUCUUGAUGCGCGAAAGAAUAUUGAGGAAAUCUUAAAAUUUAAAUGAAUUUGUUUACUCUUGCCGGCAAGGUCUUUGUGUUUUCUUUUUAUAGACGUAAUAAAUUUUUGUUUAAUAAGGUGGAAGAGGCGACCCAUAUUUCUUUUUGGGCGUAUAAUUGCGUCAUUUCUGUUUUUUGGAACAGGUACUAGUUUGUUUACUUGCUAAAAGCGCUCGGGUGGGGAGGCUUUGAUAAAUUGCCGUGUUGUGAUUGGUUCAUAUUCCAUCCGCGCCCCUACUUCUGGCGGGUUUUUCAAGGGUGUAGUUAUUUGAAAGCGCAAUGAUCUCAAAUGGAAACACUGUCCAUCCCCUUUCUGUUGUGUAAGACGAUUUCGCAUAUGCUUUACUUCUCAGUUUUGUUUUUGCUGUCGCGUUGUUAGCUCGUUAGAAUUGUAGGUAGUUAAUAAUGGCGAUACUUGACCCGUAGAGGCCUGUAAAUUCGUAGCACGAAUGGCGAAGUCCUCGCUUGGAAUAAGACAAAUCGAAGGAAAGGAAUCGGCUCUGCAAUAUGAGGCUGAGUCAGAAACGUUUUUGUCAGAGAAGGACAAAAGCAAACGGCUGUCUGAUUUCAUUUCACGGCUAUCAAGGUACAAAUCUCGUGUUGUCAAAAUUCCAACCUGUUCCUGUUUGCUGCUUCUUAAUUCACAAUUACCAAGCUUUUAAAAGUAAUAUUUUUUGAUGAGAUUCUGACAGUUUUAUGACAACGAUUCCGUUUUAAAUGUUCUGUUAAUUACUCUCGGGAGAAAAUCAAUUAUAACUUGCUUUUUCUUUACUGAGGUGGAAUUACUUUGUGCCUAGAUUUAUUUUUUCUCCGCGUUUACAUCUGCUUAUUUGCGUUUUUUAUGUGUAAUUAAAAAAUUAUGGCGGAAUUUGAUUGCGCCUUAUGUGAAGCGGGGCUAAGUAAUAUUGUUGGGUAAACGGUAAUGCGGGAGAUCCCUUUUAUACUCGAGCAACAGCUCUCCUGGUUUGCUUUGUCUAUGGUGUAGGAAAAAAUCAGAAUGUCGUAAAUAUUGUUUGCACCUCCCGUUAAAAAUUUUAAUAUUUUUUUUUUCAAAACACUUAACUGCAAAAUCGUCGAAUAAGAAAUUUUUCUUUUCAGAUCUCAAGCGGAGUCGGUCGCCGCCGAACGCGAUGCCCUCAAGGAGACUUUGGUCAAAUUCACGGAAGAGAAAGAAAUGCUUAUUGUCGAAAGCGAGGACACGGCACAGAAAUUAGAGAAACUACACGAAACAAAGAUGAGGUGAGUAUUUGAAACAGUGAAAGCAAUUACUUUUAAGUUUAUCUUCCGCGAAAGAAGCCUGUUUGUCACAGAGGACAUUGGGUGUUUGAACUGCGGUUUCGUUCCAAUCUUAAAUUUCAAUUCUUUCAAUCACUUCCUUAAUUUAUUUAAUUUGCCAUUUUGUUUUGAAUCACAUUUUCAUCUCUUAGCUUCUGAUUUCUUAUCCCUCUCCACCACAAGUAAUAAUAUUGAUAUUGUCAGCAUUCAGAAACUGUACAUGAACACAAUGGCUUUGUAAGAGUCAGUCAGAUCUUAAAGAGUUUCCUGAAGUAGUCCGGAAUUAAAGGGAGAUUAUGGACUGGGGUCGUUAACAAACUAGUUCUUGUCACCUGUUGACGAACCCGCUAAAAAAUUAGCUUAGUAUGGAAGAAAGAAUCUCCGCGGUAUUUAGCCGUUAUUCAGUUAAGAACUUCAGAGAAGAAUAUUUGAACAAUGUGUGUGGUAACCCUGUUGACUCUCAGGAUUGAUGAAAUGCAACUCCUCACAACUUAAGGACAUAGUUCAGCAAACUUGUGGUGACACUUAUCUUUGAGGUUUUACUUGAUAAAUCGGCAUAUUGUAGACUGUAUACCAGAUACCGUGCAGCUCUUCUGAGAGGGAAAUUGUUUAUCAAAUUUUAAGGGGAUGACGGUGAACUCAAAUUCAAAUAACUGUCUGCUGAGUUUUUCUUCGCUAAUGUGGUGUUAAACUUGAUUCCUAAGUACAUACAUGCGUACAUUGAACGCGUAUUUGAUAGAUUUGAUGGAUGGCCAUCUUUGCUUUUUUAUGGGAGUUAAUAACUACACUAUCUUUUGGAGGUUGGUGGGGUGUAUACCCAAGGGAUUUAACAGUGUGAUAAAUAAGUUUUCCCGCAUUUACCCUUCCAGGGAUCAAGAAUCACACUACACAGAAAAAAUGCAGAACUUACAACAAACGUUAACAGAGGAACGAGAUAAAGUUGUAAUGAACGCAAAUCAACAAAAAUCUAUGUUGGAGGAGUCACUUCAUCAUACAAAGAGUGAAGAACAGCGAUUGAGGACUAAACUCGCUGAGGCUGAGGAGGUGAGAUUUUUUUUGUUUUGAUUUGUUUUGUUUCAAGCAUGUAUAUUUAUCUAACGUAUACUUCGCCCAAGGGAAGGACAACACAGCCUAUACUGAGAUUUUAAAAAAUUCAGCUGUCGAAUCUAAUGAAAAUGAAUUUGGUUUAAUGUUACUAAGAUUAUUAGGCAUGGUACCUUCUCAACUUGAAGAAAACAUCACCAUAUGCCAUCGCCUCAUGGUCGCACGCGUUUUCCCGCGCGCCAUCGCAACCUAUCAGAUGCUAAAGCAGAGACGAUCCACUCUUGGCCGAACGCGUUUUCCCGCGCUGGGGGCCAGAAGUGUCUAUAAACUGUAUAACAUUAAUUAUCCUGUACCAGCGUGAACUUUGCCCCCAGUUCAAGCUGUUUAUGGCUUAUUUCUUUUAUAUUGAUGUUUCAUCUUGAUCCUUGAAUUUUUAUGUUUACGUAUCUUAAACAGGAGAUUUUGCGACUAGAGAAGACGCUAUCGGAUGCUCAGGAAAAACUCAACGAGUCAGAAAACAACCGAGAGAGACUGGAGAAGGAAUUGGAAUCCAUGUCUGAUUUAUCACACAGGGUAACUGAAGAUUUCGGGUCGUUGUUUUCGUUGCGUUUUAACUUUUGACUCUUAAUAUUGGUUUAUUGAUUUCUCUUCAGCUGGCUGAAGUCGAGAAGCAACAGCUUCUAAAACAGCAGCAGAAUCAGAAAAACAGCAAAACCGUGAGGGAACUGGAACGUAUAAAUAGGGUGAGUUUGGCUCGUUAUUGACUAAAAAAAGCAUGGCGACUUGGUACGAUUGUCACGAACAUAAUUGCUGUGGCGCUCUUUGGCCUCUCUUCGCUUUCGUGUUACGAGUCAAAUACGAAAAGUUUUUACGCUACUGGGAAAACAUGAUAUGAUUCUGGUUAAGUGUUCGUUAUCAAAUACGCCUGCACUAAGGCCUUUAUUUCGAAGCAAUUUGACACCGUACCAUUUUGGACUUAUCAGUUUCAUGGAAUCUAUCUUGGGCUUUACUUGUUUCCUUUUGGUAGUGAGAGGAAAAUGAUAGAGGCUAUGGUGCCUAUCAUGCACUUGACGACGGUUAGGAGGUGUUAGGCUAACAUAAUUCUUACUGCUUCUUACCUGGAUUUGUCUAUCUUUAACUCCCAUGAGCAACCAAGAUAGAAUUUCUCCUUACAAUAUCUAUAGAAUAUCAAGCAGACAAGUGAUGAGUAUUGAGAAAAAUUAAUAUCAAUUAGGAAUUAUUAGUUGGUCCAAUGCCAAAUUCUCCGAACUGACAUCGUAAGAAAUGUAUGGCAGGCAGUAAGGAGAAUUACUUAAGAGAUCUCGGUAGUGAAGGGGUUAAACUACUCUGUUGCAGUCUGUAAACAGCCAUCUGGCUUCAUCGAUAUGUUUCUUCGAUAUUUUUACGUUGUCAUUAUGACGUUACUAGCAUAAGGAGCUAAAUUCAUCAACACUCACGUAUUUUUAUCCAUUCUUCUCCUAGGAACUUCGAGACGAGAACGAUGAACUGCGUCUUCAGUGCGAAGCUCUCACGCAGCAGGUCAACAGCUCGGUGAAACGACGACCCAGUCAUCGGAAACGGCAGGACAGCCAGAAAGUACAUCGGCACGGCUCGGUACUCUCCGAUUACACGAAACCCGUGGUCGUUAAACGGAAAAAGGAGGGUGCAACAGAGGGUGCGACAUCAUCGGAGGAGUCGGAUACAGCUGACCAGCCAGACGGUACGCGCGUUCCUUCUGUGCGAGUCAGCGGUGAUGGCGGGUCAAAUGAGGACGCGGGUAAGCAACCGAUGCGCGCGCAAAUUGGCAUCUGUUUGGGGGGCUCUUGUUCCGGCACACUUUAUGCUUCAGAGGGUUUUUUCUUCUUUUUUUAGGGGUGUUUAGGUGCUUGAGCAUUAAAGGGGGCAGGGAUAGAGUUAACAUGGGUUGCCAGAUUAUGAAUUUAAAAGCUGUUAAUUGUGAGGUUUGCUGGUUGUGCUUUUACUCUUUCCAACACAAAGAAGUUGAAAACGUUAAAACUCGAACACAUCACCGUAACUUGUUUUCUUCUUCGUUGUGUCCUUACAUUUUUUUUUAUCUGGCUCAACUAAUGGGGUCUGCUUUCGUCUAAUAUCUAGCUGUUGUUCCUUUCUGCUCUUUCCUUUCUUAGACGAGAAAUCUUAAGCAAACUCUUCUAUUCUGCUAGGCAGAGAAAAUAACCAAUUAAACAAAAUACUCGGCACGAGUUUUACCUCUCGGCUGAAAAGUUAGGAAGACUAACACAGUGGUUAUCUUGUGCAGUUCUGCUCCUCGAAGGCGCAAAAUUAUGCAUCAUCUAAAGCGCUUCACUUUUGAUGGCAGUUAGGAAUAUACUUACGUGCUGAAUUGUUUGACCUGCCACCCGCACCAGUAGUAAUCAUUUACUUACUUAAUACGUUGAUAACAUUUCCAACAAAUGCAACGUUGUUGGCGUCCUGCUAACGAUAUUUUAACUUAAUAAACGCACUUUUUAACAAUAGAAGAACGAAUGUUUGGCAUCGCCUUCGUAGACUCUUGACCAGCGGAGAGUGACAAACGGAGACGAUGGUAAUGACGUUUAAGCUCGACAGCUUAACUAUAAAGUGAAAAUGAUGUCCUUGUUGAAUCUAAUUCGUUUGUGUUGUUCCCUAAGACUACUGAAUGCCUUUACCAUUUACCUCUUCUUUAACUGUUUUUAGUUGAUAAGUCUUCAAGUAAUGUCUCAAUCUUCCUUUAUAUUCUGGCCAGUGUGAAUUCUUUACCAUUCUAUUCACGAUAUCGUCAGGCUUAAGAUGAAUCCCUGAACCAUCAUUUUACAAUGUAGCCGGCCAAUUUUGUAGGAGAAGAAAACAGUGUAAAUUUACGGCGACAAAAAACAACAAAAACAACAACAACAACAACAACAACAACAACAACCAAACUAAAGAUGGGUUAAGGCAAACUCGAAAGUUUGCCACUUUGUAGAUAAACUCAAAUCUGCAAAGUACAGUUCAACACCUUUGUCUUUAGUUCCUGUGUUGCUACUUUCUGAAUUUCUGAGGAAUCUGUGACUGCUUCUUUGCUGCCAGUCUCAUUCUUUGUAGCUGUUAUCCGUUAACUUUCCAUGUUAUGUUUCUCUUCAAUUUGCUAUCUUAGCAGGUCAGUUUACAGAUGAUGAUGCUCCUCCUUUGCCGUGGUCAAUAGAGGUCGAUGAAGAAAUCCUCGUUACUAAUCCUAAAGGUCUUUUCCUCUGUCUCUGCCUGGUCUAUUUUGUGAUCCUGUGGGCUUUUUGUGUUCUUGUAACAGUUUCAUUGUAAGCACCAGUUAAACUGGUCUAUUUGAGUUAUCCAUUCCUAACUUCUCUUCGUAUGUGACACGUAAAUGGAGAAAUCUCUGGUCUCACUUUUGUAUUCCUCAGUCUUGAUUAGUUUCUUUUCUUGAUUAAGAAGAUGGGGACUUAUCGCAGAACUCUUGUUUUCCUGUUAGCGUCUUCGUGGUAUUUUUUUUUUGUUUGGCUGAUUUUUUUUUUUUUUAACGACAUGGGUGUAGUUGUGUACAAAAUUGAGUUGACACUUCUCUUACCGGUCCUACGACUGGCUUCUUCGAUUUUCUUGCUCUCUUUGCCUUCAGUAAAGGAAAAUUAGCUAUUUUCAGUUUUGUUCCUCUUAAGACUUCUCCUUUGUUGAUAAACAAGAACUUUCGCUCUGCUUAGAUGUUAUCGUAAAAAAAAGCUUGAACUUAAAAUAUAUUUCCUCUAACUCUCCCGCAGAAUAACUACAAUAUGAGUUCUGCGCGUUUCUGUUCAUAUGUGACUUUUCUGAUUAUAACUCUACCUUCUCCUCAUUCCCCAGAUGACUCCGCUGAACUGCAGGAACAACGCAGUAAGUUAGUUACAAUAUAGUUAACAGAUAAACUGUGUUGCUGUCAGAAGUGAUAUGACAAGAGUAUUUUUAAGUUGCUUGUAAUCAGGGGGCCUGUUCUAUAAAUCAUUGUUACUUUUAGUAAGGGAACCUAUCGGCUCGUUACGAAUGCAGUAAUAGUGUGCUGAGUUUUUCCAGUAAACUAUCCACUCAGUUUGACUUGCAGUGAAAUACUGCGAUUAGUGAAUAUUAGAUUACCAAUAUUUUGUUUUGCUUCUUGCAUUAUCGGUCGUGACAGUUAAAUAGUUGUUUGCUUUAAUUUUUUUUUUUCAGAAGUUAUUGAGAGAUUGGAGAGUGAAUUGAAGGAAAAAGAAGAACAGAUCAAUGCGCAUAAAGCUAAAGUAGAAGAACAAGAAUCGUCGAUGAGCGAGAAAGAAAAGUUGCUGUCCGAUCAGAAGAUCGCAUUAGUAGAGUUCCAAGGAAAAGUGGAAGAGCUUGGUGACAAGGUGAAGGAUCAGGAAGCUCAGCUGAGGGCCAAAGAGGCUUCCAUUCAAGAUCUGAGGAACGAAAUUGAGGGUCUGACGGGUUCUCUUACCUCUGAGAGUUACGAAGCAAAGCAAAGAUAUGACACCGAGCUGGCGAAUCUCACAGCGCAGUUUACCGGAGAGAUGGAAGGACUGCAGAAGAGCUUUCACACGGAGAAGGAGCAGUUGGAGAAGGAGUAUCAAGAUAAGAUGAAGGAUUUAGAGCGGUCGCUUAGAAGCGAGCGGGAAAGCCUCCGGAAGGAGCUGGAGAAUGGAUUCAGGCAGGAACGUGAGCUGCUGAUAUCGGAAUACGAGAGCGAGAAAUCUGAAAUGGAAGAAGAGCACAGAGGAGAGAAAGAAAUGCUGGAGAGGCUGUUCAAGGGAGAGAUAGACAAGGAGAAGGAGAAAAUGGAAACUGAGGAGAAACGACUGGUAGAAAAGCUUCAAGCCGUCGAGGCGGAAAAAACUGAGGUGGAGUUGAAGUUGAUGAACGAGAAGGCAGAACUGGAGCAGCAGUUUAGAAUAGACAAGGCUGAAUGGGAGAUGCAGAAGAACACCAAAGUAGCAGCCUUGGAAAAGAACCAGCAUGAAUGGACAAUUUUACGAUCUGAACUUGAGAGCGCACAUCAACAGCAGAUUAGUAUGCUGGAAAAUAAAUUUAAGAAGGAAAAAUCUAAAAUGGAGGAAGAAUACUCCAACGAGACAUGGGAGAUUAAGAAGGCUCAUGCUAAGGAAGUAGCAAGUCUGAAGCAAAGCUUUGUCGAGCAAAAAGCAGAAAUCGAACAGAAGUUUGCCCGUGAAAAAGCUGAACUGCGGGAGUCUUUUACCCGCGAGAGAAAUGAACUUGAACAAAGAUUUGCACGGGAGAAGGUUGAUUUGAAGGAGAAUCUCGAAAAUGAACAUAAUCACACGCUGGCUCUGAAAGAAGCUGAAUUGAAAAAUGGUUUCCUGAAGGAAAAAGCAGCGUUAGAAAAGCAAUUUGACGAGGAACGCGCGAAAAUCGAGGAAGGCUUCCAGGAAAAUUCGACUCACAGCGAACUGACUUUCCAAAAGUGGAAAGCUGAAAUCGAAGAACAUUACACCGAAGAAAAGGCCAAGCUGUUACAGGGUUCGUCUCGAGAGAAGGUUGAAUUAGAAGCACGUUAUAAAGAUCAAAUAACCGAGUUGCAGCAAGCCUUCACCGAUGGCGAGGCUGGGCUAAAAGGACAGCUGAAAAACGAUUUCUUGUGUUUGUUAGCGACUCAUAAAGCGGAGUUAGAAGAGAGUUUUGCUACACAGAAAGCACAGCUGGAGGAAAGCUACCUUCGGGAAAAACAGGAAUUCCAAAAGAGUGGAACGGUAGGCUUGCAGGAACUACGAGAAACUUACUCAAGCGAGCGAAACGAACUUGAAGAGAGUUACCAGAGGAAAAUCAAAGACCUACAGAAAAAUAACGCUCGCGAAAAACAAGAACUAGAAGAAGAGUACGUGCAGGAGAAGAUUGAACUUCGCUCGCAAUUAGAAAGAGAAUACGCCACUAAACUGAAAACCGAAACUGGUCUACUGGAACAAACUGUAAAGCAUUUACAAGAUGAGAUCAAUUUCCUCAAAGAGCAGAAACGUGAGCUGGAAGCUAAAGUUCAAACUCUUGAGCUCAAGACUUUAACUCGCAGCGACAAAGAAGUCGUAGAGCUGAAACUGUCGCGCGAGAAAGUGGCCGAGCUUGAAAGCAAAGUGGAGUCGCUUGAAAAUGAGAAAGGACACAUUUUGGAAAACAGUAUCAAGGAAAUUACUGAGCAGAAAGUGCACCUCGACGAGCUUCAAAGGGAGAAAGCUGCUAUGGAAGAGGAAGCGUUAGAAAGAGAGAGAGAACUUCUGGAAGCCGAAAAGGUAAGUACACGUGGAAAGGAAUAUUUGAAAAAACUCCUCAAGCUCAGGGGUAAACAUCAAAUAAAUAUGAUUAUUUCCUGCUCUCUCCAAAGAGCUCAGUUGUAGCGAGCAUGAAACUUUUUACUCUCUAUGUUGUCAUGAAAAUCACCCCAACUGUUUUUUCUUGUUGAGUACUGAUGAUUGGAUGAUUAAAAAUGGUUAUUUGACGAGAAACUCUUGGUAGUUAAAAGAUCAUUGUUAAUUCUGGAGAAAACAGAGCGACGACCCACGGUGGUUAAGUUCAUACUAUGAUUUUACACGUUACGUUUUAAGGCGAUAAUCAUUUGGAGAAAUGUUUCUGAAUCCGUAGUAUGGUUAUUAUCUUCAAAACGAUAAGCCGAGACAUUUGGGAAAAGCAAUGGGAAACUUUCCCGUGGAAAUUCCGUCGAAAAGAAUCGGAUUUUUCUAAAAAUUCACUCGUAAGUUCCCAGGUGCCUUUCGUAACUGAACUCUUCGUAACGAUCUUUAAGCCAAAGAAAAGAAAAAAAUUUAAGAAGUAUGUUCUUCAGUCUUAGCAAGGCACCUGUCAUGUGACCUGUUCUGUACUUGUUGUGUGCUAUUUCAGUUAUGUUCAUGUAAGGAUUUUGUUUCCUAGAAGAACUAAAAUGUUUUAUUUCCCAGUUAUAGCACGCGUUUCCGCUAUUUUUAAACUUUGUUUUCGCUGAAUUGAGAUCGUGUUAGUUUUCCGUGUGCAAUCUUUGGUAAGGUGUUGGCGCUUUGUUAUCGAAGGUAAAGAAGGAAGGAGAAGAAAACAAAGUGAAGGAACUAAAACUUAAAACCGACGAAAUGGACGUGAUGUUAAAUCUACGAGCCUCCGAAGUGGAGGAUUUAGAAACGAAGCUCCGUGAGCAGAGCUCAGAAAACGAAAAACUGAGAGAAACUCGUGGAACUUUGGAAAAAGAGCUUCAAGAGGCAAGAUUGCGACUCCAAGAACUGGAGGUCGAUUUGAAUUUGAGUAAUUCGUCCAAAGAACAACUUGAGGAGAAGUUAAAAGCAAGAGACUCGCAGCUGAAUGGCUUGGCUUCAACGGAAGCCGAGCUCAAGGACAUCAUGGACAAAAGUCAGGAGAUCGAGAACAUGUUGCGCAGUCGUGAUUUAGAAAACCAAGAGUUGAACAAAAAGCUCUUAGAUAACAAUGCUGAGCUUGAAAGUGAAGUGGCGGAACUCCAAAGCGAUUUGAGAAAAUCCAUGGUCAAGAAUAAAGAGCUCGAUGCCUUGUUGACGAUGAAAGAAAAUGAAAACCAGACGCUGGAAAGAAAGGUCAACGAAUACAAUAAGCAAAAAACCGAACUCGAGGAUAGGGCAUCGCAGCUGACCAAUCAGCUCGCAGACGUGGAAACAACUCGACUUCACGAACUGAACACGCGCUUAUCCCUUUGGGAGACUGAGAAUAAGGAUUUGGAACAGCGGCUGAAUCAACGCAACAAACACAAUUUGGAGUUGGAGCAGAAGGUGAGACUGCUGACCAAAAAGAUGGCCGACAAGGAUGACGUCAGGGUGAAAGAGCUAGAGCGCAUGCUGGCCGUACGAGAAACUGCCUACCAGGCCCUCGAGGCGAGGCUCGAGCACCGCGUAGAAGAAACAGCCCAACUUGAAAAACAAGUCACUCAGCUGGCCCAAAAGCUUGCGAACAUGGAAAACAUGCGGCAAAGGGAGUUUGAGGCUGAGAAGGUGUCGUCAUCUGUUAGUCUUUUUUUUUUUUCAAAGCUUCUUAAUUGCACUUAACUAAACGCUACUAAUUUUAACAAUCUAAUGCAAUAAUAUACUGCUGAAUUUAAGAACAAUCCAAAUGCCUCUAAUUGCUGCGGCUUCGUAACCAGGCUAUUGGCUUUUAAAGUCUUCACCUUUUUUCAUUUUACUUGCACUAGUUGUUCGAAGGUUCGAUAACGCUUUCCACCGAAUGAAUCCGUAUUCAAUGGAUAGCGCAGCACAUUUUGUCUACAGCUAUGCACUGUGUAGCGAUUGAACCGUCGGAAAGCGUUAUCCACCCUUUGAGCAACUGACCCCAGAGCUUUAAAACAUUAAAAAUCUCUGUGUGGCUUCCCUCAGACACUACGUAUGCCGGCGUGGUUAUGAUUUGUAAUGUUUGACAAUUAACUCUAAUUGGUGUGACUGCGCUUUAUGUAACACUAAUAUGUGUGACUGCGCUAUAUCAAAUACUAAUCUGUGUGACUGCGCCAUUUUACCAUAACCUGUGUGACUUCGCCCGACAUAACUCUAAUCUGUGUGACUGCGCUCGAUGUAAUACAACUUUGAACCGACAGUCUUCUAAACGACUACUUUUAGAGCUUUUCUCCCCAACUGCGGAAAGGAUCCCACUUCAGCCGACUCUAAACGUAGCUUGCUUUGCUGGUGAUGCAACUUAUCUUAAGCACCAUAAAAUAUAAACAAUCACGAAAUGCUGGAACCUAUUUCGUCGUAGUGCGUUUAAAUGCUAGAAAGGAGUCAUAGAAAUCUGAAUAAUUAAACAAAUUGCUAUGGAAACCUAAAGACGUUAUCAAGGUUAACCUAAGAGCGAGCUUAAACAUGUGUUUAUUUACCUUUAAAAUCACCGGAGAUUUAAAAAUGUGACAUUGACUGAUUGAAGUAAAUUUUUAUUCAUUGUUGAAAAGUGUAUCACUUGGUAUUACAAUUCUUUAAAAGAAGUUAAUGUUUAAAUUUAAAAGUCAUUAUUAUUGUAACUGCAUUUUUGUUGUGUUUUCAAAACGUAAUAAACCACUGAGACAUUUAGUGAACUUAAAAGACAUGAAAAAUUAAAUUUAUUUUUCUUGGUAGUACAACAGCUAAACAUCAAUAGAAAGUGUUCACUGAAGCUACAGUGUUGUAACAGACAUUACAUUGUAUCUAUGCUAAACCAUUAUGUCAGUUAUUGCAAAGAAAUCGUUAAUGUUGUUAAAAGUUCUUUGUAAACAUUUUUCGUAACCAUAAAACUUAAUCUGUGUAGACUGCAUUAAGCACGCUGUAACGCCCAUAAAUUGUUAUCAAAUAAGCAACAGUCAUCUCUCAUUAUCGCCCUCCCUUUGUAUUACAAAUGUGUGAAGUCGCCUGUUCACUCAGCGAUUUAUCUGCUUGUAUUUUGCUUCAUUUACUGGUUAAUUUCGAAUGUAAAGACCUGUAACUAUCCGCAGCUGUGUAUGUUAUGUUUAAUCUGUUUUCGUAAUUUCCCAUUCUACACUUCGCUUGGUAUUUUCUCUCCUGUACAUGCAGUAUUAUUACUUUGCUAAUCAUUAUGACUUAUGCUUUUUGUUGUGAAGUUUUUGCUAUCUUCAUUUAUAAUUUACGUGAAAGUUAUGAAGAUGUUUCAGUCGAACCUCACUUGGGUACAUCGGUAGGAAGUUUUAACAAUUUAGGGUUAAUGUUGGAUUAAGGGAGGGGUAGGUGCGCAGUUGCUUAGAUACUGACAUUGAUCCAGUGCUACCUUAAGGGAUGCUCGGCAAUGCCUGUUUUCAGUACUGAACAUAUGACUCGAUUUAAAACUUAUUAUUGUUCCCAUAAUGGUAUUAACUCUUCCCUAUCUGUUUUGCAGGCCAAAAAUGAUCUUAUUACCAUGGAAAAGAAGCUGCAAGAUGUCCAGGAAAAGAAACAAGUGGUAGAAAAAGUUCUUAAAGAAAAGAACGCUAAAGCAAAUCAUCUUCAAGAGGAGGUCUAUGUGCUAAAAGAGAGAUUAGCUAAUGCACAGGGAACCCACAAAAGAGAAUUGGAGACAGAAAAACAAAAGGUAAGUAAGGGGGAGUACCAUUGAGCACAUUUCAUGGGAACAGUGUAGCCCAAUGAGAGCAGUGAAUCGAGACCGCGAUGAAUUAAUGAGUUCAGCGUCCAACUACAACAGCCGAACGAAAAGUAUGGAGUUGGAUUUGAGUGAACUUGGAUUUCAUCUCGAAUGAAGUUAUUAACAGUUGGAGAUGAAAGGUGGUGCUCAAUAUUUAAACUGCAGGUUGGAAUAGUUCAUCUAUCGUUACACUCUCGUGCAACUUUUUGUAACGUAGGAUAAUUAAGGUCUGCUGCGAUUUUAUCGCAGUCAGAUUUUAAUAGCAGGGCUAUAAAUGCAUGUCGCUAAAAUGGAUACUUGUAAUCUUUAAGGGACCCUACAGGAACAUGGGUCGAAUACAAGUAAAUUUGUUUGCCCAAAGGAAAGGGAAUAUAUCCUUAACAUUUCUUAACUGAGUCUACUUCGUUCAUCCGUAGCUUCUCAACGACUUUUCGUUUAUUAUCAUGUUUUGGUUGUCAAUUCACAUGUACGUACGUGUUGUGAGAUUUCGUUUCAGCUAACCUUACGUGAUCUUUGUGACUUGUAUCGUGCGUGAUGUUCCGUGAAUUGUUAAAUGUGAAGUGUGGUAAGAUGUGUCUUCGUUACGGGUAAGUUGUUGUCGUUUGUGAUUUUCAUUUACACGUCAGCAAAGCCCACGAGACGAUUUUCUGAUCUAAAUUUGUCAUCUUUUAGUCAACUCUUGCAAAUACGGAAAUGACAACCAUGAAAUCUCGUCAUCAGCGUGAAGUGAGUGAACUGAAGGAACAGGUUCAUCGAGCCAACUUGGCCAGUGAACGGGAUCAGGCUCUCAGAGAAAAAGUAUUUAAUGAGGCGAAGGCAGAGGUUAUGGCACUCAGCAAAAAGGUAUAUAGAAUUAUUCUCAACUUUUGUUUUGUGUCUUCAGUUUCUUUUAGUUUUUUUAUGUGCGUAGUAUUCUUUUUGGUGUUGCUCUAAGAAUCACCAUUACCAUGGUAGUACAGUUGUGGUGGCGUAAGCUAAACAUCGUCAACCCUGUUCUUUGGGGUAACUGUUGUUUCCUCAUUUUCCCACUCUCUUUUUCCCACUCUCCUUUUCCCACUCUCCUUUUCCCACUCUCCUUUUCCCACUCUCCUUUUCCCACUCUCCUUUUCCCACUCUCCUUUUCCCACUCUCCUUUUCCCACUCUCCUUUUCCCACUCUCCUUUUCCCACUCUCCUUUUCCCACUCUCCUUUUCCCACUCUCCUUUUCCCACUCUCCUUUUCCUACUCUCCUUUUCCUCCUGUACUCUCAUUAGAAGACAAAUGGAAAAGCAAUAUGGCCCAUUUCACCAAUACCUGUCUGUUCACGGUACCAUUGGCUCUUCUUUUUUCAACAGCUCGAAGAGAAGACCCGACGACUGAGAGAACUUGAAAAAGCAAGUCAUAUGUGGGAAGGGAGAAUACGACAACUAGAAAAGGAUAAACUUGAGUUGGAAACAAAAGUGAAACAAACGCGAGAAGCACUGGAUGAACACGUGGCGAGGCUGAGUAAACAGGUGAUAUGUGCGAAAUGAUUCUCUUCCAAUGUUUACCAUGUGAUAGUUUUCGUUAAUCAAGAUAGACAAUAUAGAAUUAUCCCAAUUCAUCUCACUCAUUCAUUCUUGUAAUUUUAAGCGAUUUCAGUUUUUUGUGGUACGGUAUCUGCUAUUAUUACAAUAUUUGUUUUACUUUUUUUGUAAAGCACACGCGAUCAUUACGUCAUGUAGCAUGCGCCAUAUAAGUUUUUAAAUUGCUGUUAUUAUUAUUAUUAUUAUUAUUAUUAUUAUUGUUAUUAUCUCAAUAUGAUGUAUGAACGCAUUAUAAACUUAGGUUUUUCUUUGUUAUUCAAGACAAGUAGGUAAAUUUCCGAUCCUUUUUGCUCCAAUUUUAUGGAGCAUUAUAAGCGAUCUUUUGUGGUAAACGUUUUACUUGUGAGAGUUUUGUUAAUGUCUAUGCAGUUUUGUCAAUAGCACUGUAGUUGUCUAAUGGCCCGUAAGUUUUUUUAAGUUCUUCUGAACCACGCGAUGCUUAAUUUUCCCUUUUCUAUUCAUAAUGAAUUUUUUAUCUGUUUUUGUUUCCUGCUCGCAGCUUCAACAAUCUGAAAUCAGUGCCACACGUUCAGGUAAUCUUGUUCAGGAACUGUACAUAGAAAACGCCAAACUUACAAAAGCUCUUCAACAAACGGAAGCCAACGAGAGAAGAGCAGAGAAAGCAAAUCGACAGCUUACAGAACAAAAGAAAGCCCUGCAAAGGGUCAUCUCUAAGUUAUGUGGAGCCAAUGCUAUAGCUUAAAAGCAACAACAUGUGUAACUGAAGGAGAAAGAGGAGUAAAUAUAUCUCCAAGCGAGAAAUCAUUGUCAGUGGGAGUCUUCUCUUAGAUUCCUUGGAUGUUUUUCUGAUGAGAAGAUUUUUCACAAAGAGCUGGUUCACAACUAGAUCGUGUUGUUGAUCCAGAUCCUUCCCAUAUCAUCAGCGCUGCUCUCUUCUUGGAGUUUACUAUGUGGACCCUAACGAGACAAUGUUUCCAUCUAAUAGACCAUUUUUGUCUGGCUAGAUUAUUUGAAAAUUUUACUGACGUUGUGGUACAUUUUAUCUCAGUUUUACAAAGAUCCAGAUCUUGAAUUUGUAAGCAUUAUUCAAAUGAAUUGAUCAAAGGUUUUAAACCUGCCAACUUUUGAUACUAGGAUUAAAAGUAUUUUUGUAAAUGUAAUUUCACAAUUGUGAUCUAUAUCUUUGUUGCUCGAGCACUGCGUAGAUAUAGAAUUGCAUACAUAGUUUUCAUAACUUUUAUAGCUUUUGCCACUUAUCAUUUAGAAAAACUGUUUCUCAAUAAUUUUAUUUACGCAAAGAAAGAUAUUGCUAUAUUUGAUCUCUAUUGCCUUUUUGAAUCGACGAAAUAUUGUUAGUUGUGUAAAGAUGUACAGGAAAUUACGUAAAGAAACCCACUCGAUGUAUUCGCUUAACUGACCUCGCCCACUGAUCAAUCAAUGAAUCAAUUCAUAAAUCAAUCAAACAAUCAGUCUGCAAGUAAUCAGUGAAACGAUAGAGAAAUCAUUUCAUCGAAUCUGAAGACACGAUUUGUCUUUUCUUAAUGCACUAAGAUAUUUAACAUUUUUAUGCAGAUUGAGUCCAUCUGAUUAGAGUGGAUUAAAUAAUCUAGUGAAGAAAUUUGAAAAUAUAGUCAGUGCAUCAGUUGAAUCGUUCGUCCUUUUGUAAUAUAACAAAACAAUCUGUUGUCUUGUUCACUGCGUCAUAUCUCGAAUAAACACAGCCAUGCGGUGUUCCUAUUUCGUUUGAAUGACCGGUUUUUAAUUAAAUUUGGUUUGUUAUAAAAUUUAAUGGAGCUGAAUUGAAUUGCAAGCUUAUGGGAUCGCUUUGACUUGAAUCUAUUCCUCGCCCUACCAAGCCGUCCUCCCCUGACGCCGCGGCCUGAAAAAGUUUUCGAAAUUUAAAUUGAAUGGUCCUCUUAAAUUUUUUUUUCGUUGUUGUUUUGGUAAUUUUGCGGUACUGCCACCAAGCAUCAUUUUCUUUUAAUGGGCUUCUUUUUCUACCGCUCAUGAUUAAUUAACUUAAGGUUCGAGCCGAUACGUGUCUGUAACAGUAAUACGUUUUAAUUAGUUACAAACUUGAAAAUAAGAUAGCUUAUGGUAGUUCUGUGUUAAAUAAGUUGGUUCGGAACCGUGAGUC